GGGAAGCACGUUCGAUGUGGGUUUGGUGGGGAAGAUAAGCUUGCAUGCACGAAACGUCUGUUGAGCGCAUGGCAGACCAUACAUCAAUAACUUAUAAGGCUGAACCGCCAUAAAAGGGAUCAAAAUAUUCAUUCAUAUAUCAGGUUUCUGGAAGUGAAUAUAAUGUCAUUGCUCAUAUGAUAACGAGCGAAUGCACCAAAUUCACUGCCAAUAUCUUCCAAGAUAAUGACUAACGCUUUGACCGAGAUGACUGAAACAUCCCCGACAGUCAUUUAUCUUGGCCGUUGUGAUGCUACAACGACUCAUUUCAAUGAAAUGGGACUCAAAUCAGCGGUUUGACAUCGCGGAAAGUGGUGAUCAAUUGACAAACAAACUCAAAUGGACUAUUAUUCGCCCCCACCAGCAUACAGUGAGACCCCGAGGUCACCACGGCCUCACGACGGUGCGAACCCCUCUCAAGUUUGGCGCAAGCCCGUAGCAUCCCAACAGAGUACCGCGACACCCUCCGGAAGCGAUAUCGAUAAUUUGACAAAGUAUGGUCGAAAUCCACCAGAGGACAACAAAGCGGGAAAUCAUAGUAACAGCUAUGCUGCUCAAACGGUGACGUCGCAAUCGCAGACAGCUCCUAUUCAAGUUGCCGACUUUGAGACCCUUCAAAUCUCCCAGACAAGGACGAACAUUGAAAGAACAAUAUCCGCCCCGGCGGCCCCUUUAAAUGUACCAGCCUUCCAUGACCUUCCCAAAUUCGCAAACGAAACAUCAGAACCAUCAUCCUACGUCUCAAAAGCAUUUCAAGAAGCACGACAUUUCGCGGGAGGACUCAUAACCCAUCCGUCAGAAAGCACAAAACACUUUUCUAUUCUACGACAUUCACACGGUCUAGUAUUUUAUCAAGGUUGUUCUACAACUCUCGCGGUUUCAAUCUUCUCCGAUGCACCCUUACCGCCAGAUCGGCAAGUAUGGCUACAAGACAAAGGUUGGUCUGGAAAUACUGGGAUGCGUCUGAAAGCUUUUGUAGGAAAUAAUGCUAGUUGGAUUAAAGUUACACCGACAAUACCCAUCUCAGAAGAGCAACUGAAAGAAAGUGAUGAGCGAGCCUGGCAACGAGAUAUCAAGAAGUUUUUGAAGAAAACAAAACAUCCAAAACAUAUAUUGCGCGAGACUCUCAUAAUCCGCAUCCCGGUUGAAGCUAGUGAUGGGUACUUCCAUCUUGUACUUUGUCAGGGAGAGAAGAAAAGAGUGUUAUGUCCAAGUCCGGUUUUCCGUAUUCUUUCUGCUUCGGCGAGUCCUUCUUCAAUGAGAGGUGCGAGUUUGAGUACCUUACCAUUGGAAAUUGGGGCUAUGGCUAUGACUGUUUACGCUAACAAGACAAUUGGAGGGUUGGUUUCUCCAGUUACAUCUACUGCAAUGAAAGUUGCUCAACCUUUCAUGCCCUCUAAAACCCGGAAGGAAGCAGCCGUGGCACUUUAUGGAAAAAGUGGGACAGAGGAGAUGGUGAAAUCGACCAUCACAAAUGGAAAUAUUCAAUACAAGGGAGUGAGAAGUUUCUCAUAUAAUCAAGCUGGGAGUGGAGACAAUGAAUCGGGACCAAGAGCUCCUUAUCCAAUUUGUUUCAUAGCCCGAUCUGAGAUUGAAAUUAAAGAGGGAGAUUAUUUUAGUAUGCCUACUAUGACUUUGUCCGGUAUUGCAGAACAUAUAUCUCAUCAACUCCGAGGACAUUAUUUCGCAUGGGUUCGACGACGUCCUGAUAAAGGAGCACCACGUCUCGAUACAGAUAUCUGGUCUCAAACCGUGAUAUCCUCAUUACCAAUGCAUCCGUCAAAUCUUCACAAAGCGACGAUUGUCGAAGCCAGUAAAAGAAUAUUCAAAAUCCACUUCAUAUCCGAUUGUUUCGAAUCCCAAGUCUACGAUAUGAAGAAUUUGGAAAUCAAAGUUAUGGGAUUCAUACGUCCAGAUGCGCAUCCUGUGUCUUCAAAUGAGAUAGAGGAGGAGUUGGUCGCGUCGCUUAAUGAUAUUAUUUUUGCUCAGUCAAUACUUGAUCAACCGGUUUUUGCACCGGAGAUCGAGGGGGAAGGGCAGGGGAGAGGAUUGUUGGAGAGGGCUACGACGGGAUAUGCAGAUGUGAGGUUGAGGGCUCAGAGGGAGAUGGAUAGAGUGCCUUUGCAUAGGAUGGGGUUGAGGAUGGAGGUGGAUAGGUUGAGAGAUGAGGGGGUGGGUUUGAAUGGAUUUUAUGUUGUGAGGUAGAUGAAUGAUUUAUGGAUGGAUAGGCAGAUUACUGAAGUGAAUCGUUGUAUUUGUAGUGUUGUAGUGUAUCUAAUUUUUAAUAUCUAAUAUCUAAUAUCAAUAUAUGCAUGGUUUUCGAACUACA